CUAGGCAUCAGGACGUAUAGGCUAUAGCCACUGCUGCAUGCAUGUUCACGUAGUGCUGUUUGGGAGUCGCCAUCGAAAACGGUUCUGAACACCGACUGAUAGCCACGAUUUUAUAAGGAUUCAUUGCCGUGUGAUAACUACUUAGCUACAUUUACACCAUGAAGCUGUUACAGGUUGCUUUGAUGUGUGGCUUGAUUGGCGGUAUCUUGGGGCUCGAAUGUUGGAAUUGUCUUAACGCAGCAGGCCUAGGUUCUGCUGCUUGCCACGAUCCGUUCAACACAUCUACCACUGAUCCUGCGAUCACAAAAACGACAUGCACCACUGGAUAUGAUACCUGUGCUAAAAUAUUCUACGGUUCGGGAAAUACCAGAGCUAUGCUGAGACAAUGCUACCUGGGUGCGGGUUGCCCCUCGCAGAAUGGGUGCGCCUCAGGCUCCUACGAAGGCGAAACUGCGACAUUCUGCUGCUGCAAUGGGAAUCUCUGCAACGGAGCUGGGUCGGUGUCGGUGAAUCUCCUCACUACUGCGGCUGUAUGCCUGGCUGCCUUAUUCGCUCUGUACUAGUGAGUGAAUCCACCAGGAAGGCCAGUGGUUAUUGGGGUACGGUCCCGUUUAGAAUUUAGCAUCCGUAGCAUGCUUUGCUAGUAGGCGUUUGUUGCACACGCAUUCUUCAUCUAGAAAGCGCUGUUUUUUCUCCUCAAAAUUAUUGAGCUUGAGUACCCGUGUUAGAAUGGAGCAUUCUCCGUGCAGAAAGAAUUAAGAACUAAAGGUCGGUUAAAUCAUUUUGCUUCCCCCAAAAAGGUUAGAUUUGAAAAAUCCAUAAGUGGCAUACUGAAAUGUGCUACGUGAUUAGUGUACAUGUGAGGUCUGACUGUAGGCCUAUGUAAUGUCAAGGUGGUCUACAAAGACAAAAAAUCGGGCGAUUUGAGUAGGCCUAACCAGUACACUUCUGUUCACAAAUUUAGCAAAACUUUCCAUUUAUAGUCUGACGAGCAUCACCGAAGCACUAUAGUCGGGCUUGCUUGAAUACAGUUCUAAUCAACGGUCCUUUUAUAUUUGUUUGUAAAUGAGAAAUAGUCCUUCAGGUUUAUUCAACAACAACAAAAAGCGCGAGUCCCAAAAGACAUUUUAGUCUCCGUGUUUAACUUUCAGUUUUGACCCAAUGACCGCCACAAAAUUAUUUCAUAAAUUUUAGUCUUCUUACGAGUGCUGCGAGUUCCACUAGUCCACAUGUAUUUUUAGAUUUUAGGACGGUCAGGGGUCAAUUUUAAGCACGAUAUUUCUCUUCCACGUCAUGCAAUGUUUCAGUUUCCAUAAAUCGACAGGCUAGUAACAAUUUUACGAAGGCCUUUUCCGAGAGUGAUUUUCUCAAGGAAGCGACGCACCCAAAAUAUUCGUCCAAACUCCAACUUUUACACGCUAAUUUUCAUAUUCGAGGGUCCGGAAGCGCGCCACCAGGGGUCUAUUCUCUGAAUAGCAUCUGACACCAGGAGGCGUUGUUCAAAGCGAUUGGAACUGUAGGGCCUAAACGAUCUGACACUAGGUGGCGCUGUUCAUAGCUAAUGCCCUAUCCGGCAUGUACUUCUUCUGUUAUCCGCCACCCUACCGUGGGUGCAAUUCGCAAGCGGGUGGCUUUCUGCUGAGAGUUGACGACGCGUUCACAAAGAUGGCGGUAUCCGUGAAACGGUCUAAAAUCUAGUCACCUGACCCCUCCGGCGAUGUUCGUGAUCACUUCUUCUUAGUUGAGUCUUAAGUUACGUAUUAUGCAAGUCACUAGGCCUAUGCAUCAGUGAGAAGCAAUACAAUUUGUAUUUUACACUAGUGAAGUCUAGUAUUAUAAUAUUCUCGUAAGUAAAUAUUCUUCUUCCUAUGAUCUAACUGCUUUUGUAUAGAUUCAUUUACUCUGACUUGUACAAGCAAUCACAUCACCUCUUGUUUAAAGUCCUUUAUAGGAUCAUUCGCGUUCAUCCCAAUGUAACUAUCGAAUUAUUAUCAAACAUGUACUUGGAUUAAAGAUCAUGUACUGGUACUAAACGCCCAGUGAAAUCAUUCCGUCUGGC